AUGUGAACAAGACGAAUGGAUUGACCACCAGUCUCACAAAAUUUCAUCAAAUUUCUUGCCUUGCAUGAUGCCAUGAAUAUGUCCCCAAAUAAAUAAAAACUUCAAAGUUUCAAACCCUCAUUUCUUCCAUUUAUACGGAGGUUUCAGUACCACCAUGUCUGUCACAGCAUCUUCAUCGCCAUAUUCGACUAUAAUCAAGUGCUGUGAAGACACGAUUGGGCGCCGACGAAGAGUCGCCAUUGACGAGAAUUGUUUCCCGGAGAAGAAUCUGACACUCAACGCCACCAAUGAGAAACCUCCACGGCCGCGACGAAUCAUCCUGGUGCGACACGGGCAGAGUGAAGGAAACGUGGAUGAAGGAGCUUACACGAGAGUCGCAGAUCCGAGAAUUAGAUUGACGGAGAAAGGGAAACAAGAGGCGGAGCAAUGUGGGGUGAGAAUACGAGAGAUGAUUGAGAAGGAUGGAGCUGAUGAUUGGAAGGUUUACUUUUACGUUUCGCCGUAUCAGAGAACGAUUGAGACUCUUCGCGGUUUGGGAACUGCGUUUCAACGAUCGAGAAUCGCCGGCGUCAGGGAAGAACCGCGGUUGCGAGAGCAGGAUUUCGGGAACUUCCAAGAUCAAGAACAGAUGAAGAUUCAGAAAGCAGUUCGAGUCCAAUACGGUCGGUUCUUCUACCGUUUUCCAAACGGCGAAUCCGCAGCAGAUGUCUAUGAUCGAAUCACAGGGUUUCGGGAGACAUUAAGAACUGAUAUUGACAUAGGUAGAUUUCAACCACCAGGGGAGCAAAGCCCGAACAUGAACUUGGUCAUCGUUUCUCAUGGUUUAACUUUAAGAGUCUUCUUAAUGAGAUGGUACAAAUGGACAGUUGAACAGUUUGAAGGACUCAACAACAUGCAAAAUGGGAAUAUGAUCGUUAUGCAAACAGGUCAAGGUGGAAGAUACAGUCUGUUAGUUCACCACACCAAACAACAAAUGAUGGACUUUGGUUUGACCCAGGAUAUGCUCGUUGACCAAGAAUGGCAAAAAACAGCAAAACCAGGUGAAUUAAACUACGAAAUCCCAACAGGCGGACCAUCUUUCUUCACACAUUUUGACGAUGAAAACAAUGGAAAAUUCAGGAGCUAAGUUUUGUAUAUAGAUAUGAGAAACCAUUAAUGAUGUGUAGUGUACUUUUUUUUUUCUAAUAAUACCAAGAAAACACAAGGAUAAUUUAACUUA